AUGGUGGUGACAGGGACUGCUAUCCUCAGUGUCAUACUAUUGACUGUUGUAAAUGUGGAGUUCAUCCUAGGACUUUUAGGAAAUGUAUUCAUGGCUCUGGUGAGCAUUGUAUACUGGGUGAAAAGAGGGAAGGUCUGUGCAGUGGAUAAGAUCCACAUUGCUCUGGGCAUCUCCAGAACUGCUUUCUUGUUGUCUCUAAUCACAAGUCUCUUGGUGUCAUUACUGAACCCAGAUUCGUUGAAAAUAAGAAUACUGAUACGAAUGCAAACUAUUUCCUGGACGGUGACCAAUCAUUUCAGCGUCUGGCUUGCUACAUGCCUCAGCAAAUUUUAUUUUCUCAAAAUAGCCAAUUUUUCGAACUCCAUUUUUCUUGCUCUCAAACGGAGAGUAAACAAAGUGGUUUCAGAGACACUGGUGUUGUCUCUGAUAAUCUUGUUUAUAAACAUUAUAGUCAUAAACACAAUCACUGAUAAAUGUCAAGUAAACUCUCUCCACAGGUCUAAUUUAAAUAACACUGUGAACUUUUUUUUACUCACCAACACCAUGUUCACACUCAUACCAUUCACUAUGUCCCUUACAAUGUUUCUCCUGCUCAUCUUCUCCCUGUGGAGACAUCUGAAGGUCAUGCAUCGCAAUGCAACAGGAUGCAGAGAUGUCAGCACCGUGGCCCACAUCAAGUCCCUACAAACUGUGGUCACCUUCCUGUUACUAUAUAUAUUUUUUGUUACGUCACUUUAUUUACAGUCUUUGAAUAUUAACUCUCAACAUAAAAAUCUUGUUGUGUUUUUACGGGGUAUAGGAAUAGCUUUCCCCUCAGGCCACUCAUGUGCUCUGAUUCUGGGAAACAGUAAGCUGAGGCAAGCCUCUCUUUCUGUACUAUGGUGGGUGAGGCGUAAGUACAAAAAUACAGAGCAAUUGACUCCCUAA